GGAGAGAGGCGGAGCCUAUCUCGCAUCAGGACCAGUCUGGCUGCACCUGCAUCCUUAGCUCAGAGCAUCCCUGGAGCAUCUAAGAGGAAAGCGCAGCCAGCAACCGGGGAUCGGACUGUCGCAGGGGCAGUCGGCCAGACACCUUCUCCUCCCCUGAUCUAGAGGUCCACAGCCGCAGCCUCGGUACUGACCCAGAUUCCCAAAGUUGUCUGACCUCUGCAAAAGUGUUGCUAUCAACAGCCUCUGAUCACAACAUGGCUGAGAUCACAAAUAUCCGCCCCAGCUUUGAUGUGUCACCAGUGGCGGCUGGCCUCAUUGGGGCCUCUGUGCUGGUGGUGUGUGUUUCCGUGACUGUCUUUGUGUGGACAUGCUGCCACCAACAGGUGGAGAAGAAGCACAAGACCCCGCCAUACAAAUUUAUUCACAUGCUGAAAGGCAUUAGCAUCUACCCAGAGACCCUCAGCAACAAGAAGAAAAUCAUCAAAGUUCGGAGAGACAAAGAUGAUCCCCGGAGGGAGAGUGGACGAGGGAACCUGUUAGUAAAUGCGGCAGAGUCUGGCCUGCUGGGCCAAGAAAAGGACCCCAGAGGGCCUAGCUCUGCAUCUUGUAUAGACCAGUUACCCAUCAAAGGAGACUGCGGGGAAGAACUGAGGAGCCCCAUGACAAGCCUGACCCCUGGUGAGAGCAAAGCCACCUCCCCGUCAUCACCAGAGGAAGACGUGAUGCUAGGAUCCCUUACCUUCUCGGUGGACUAUAACUUUCCCAAAAAAGCUCUGGUGGUAACAAUCCAAGAGGCCCAUGGGCUGCCAGUGAUGGAUGACCAGACCCAGGGCUCUGACCCCUACAUCAAAAUGACCAUCCUUCCUGACAAGCGGCAUCGAGUGAAGACCCGUGUGCUUCGCAAGACUCUGGACCCUGUAUUUGAUGAGACCUUCACCUUCUACGGCAUCCCAUAUAGCCAGCUACAGGAUCUGGUGCUACACUUCCUCGUGCUCAGCUUUGAUCGCUUCUCUCGGGAUGAUGUCAUUGGGGAGGUCAUGGUACCACUGGCGGGUGUGGACCCCAGCACGGGCAAGGUUCAGCUGGUCAGAGACAUCAUCAAGAGGAACAUCCAGAAAUGCAUUAGCAGAGGGGAACUCCAGGUGUCUCUGUCAUACCAGCCCGUGGCACAGAGGAUGACAGUGGUGGUCCUCAAAGCCAGACACUUGCCGAAGAUGGAUAUCACCGGUCUCUCAGAUCCUUAUGUCAAGGUGAACGUCUACUACGGCAGAAAGCGCAUUGCCAAGAAGAAAACCCACGUCAAGAAGUGCACUUUGAACCCAGUCUUCAAUGAGUCCUUCAUCUAUGACAUCCCCACUGACCUCCUGCCUGAGAUCAGCAUUGAGUUCCUUGUCAUUGACUUCGAUCGCACUACUAAGAACGAGGUGGUGGGGAGGCUGAUCCUGGGGGCACACAGUGUCACAGCCAGUGGUGCGGAACACUGGAGAGAGGUCUGUGAGAGUCCUCGCAAGCCCAUAGCCAAGUGGCACAGUCUGAGCGAGUACUAGUCCCUUCUCGCCUCCGACCCUGGGGCCAGGCUGGGGAGGCACGCGGCGGGCAGAGAUGACAGAGAAGCUGACUCAAAACCUCAUUUUAGUCAUAGAAGAAAAUUUCUUACAAGACAAACCACACAAAGAGCAUCUUACUGCACACCACUGCAGGUUGGUUCUUAGCGUGAGAAGUCUUUUCUUCUUUGCAAGGCACUAGACGAUCUUUUGUUUUUAAAAUGGGGGGAGAGAAGGAAAGACCCCACAGUCUAUAUAUAACAAUGUAACCUUAUACUUGCAUGUCUAAUACAAACAAGAAAUUAGCCUAACCGA